AGUUUUAACCAUUACAGAGCGAUUUCAAAACAGAGCUCUUCUCAACUAGUAGUAUUCAAGAAUCAAGAACUGAUUUUUCUGUUCUAACUUUUUAUUUUCUUGGAUUCUCAUUGAUCUUUUAUCCCUGGUGAGGAGUUAGUCCCCUUCUUCCCAUUGAUUUUUCCAGCUCAUACAUAAUAGGUGAAACAUGUCUGCUUACUUCUACUGUGGUGGCUGCGGAGCUCGAAUUGCAUUCGUCCAGGAUUACGCUCACCCUGGAGACGACAUAGAGAAUUCAAGGUUCUUUACUAAAGUGUUUAAUGUUGAAGUAGCAGAGGACGAGCAAUAUAAUCCAGUAUUAAAUGGCAUGAACCUAGCCACGACUUUCUGUGGCAAAUGUAGAACCCCGCUCGGGUGGAGAGUUAUUGCAGUCUCCGAUCUGUCUGAUAGUCAUAAAGUAGGAGGAUUCUAUAUGAGAGUGAAAUGGCUUCAUGAAAUGAAUCAUGAUAAAUAUAGAGACAGAACUGAGGGAUAUGGAGACUCUACUGAAGAAGAACUGGGUGCUAAUGAGAGAAAUCUUGAUCAAGAUGGAAGCACAACUGAGCAAUAUGAAGACUCUACUGAACCGGAAGUGGGUGCUAAUGAGCAAAAUUUUGAUCAAGAUGGAGGUGAUAAUGAGCCAAAUUUUGAUCAAGAUGGAGGCUUUAAUGAGCUAAAUUUUGAUCAAGAUGGAGGCGUUAAUGAGCAAAAUUUUUAUCAAGAUGGAGGUGAUAAUGAGCAAAAUUUUGAUCAAGAUGGAGGCGUUAAUGAGCUAUUUUUUGAUCAAGAUGGAGACGCUAAUGAGCUAAAUUUUGAUGAAGAUGGAGGCGUUAAUGAGCAAAAUUUUGAUCAAGAUGGAGGUGAUAAUGAGCAAAAUUUUGAUGAAGAUGGAGGCGUUAAUGACCAAAAUUUUGAUCAAGAUGGAGGUGAUAAUGAGCCAAAUUAUGAUCAAGAUGGAGGCGUUAAUGAGCAAAAUUUUGAUCAAGAUGGAGGUGCUGAUGAGCGAAAUUUUGAUCUAGAUGGAGGCGUAAAUGAGAAAAAUGUUGAUCAACAUGGAGGCAGUAAUGAGCAAAAUGUUUGUCAAGAUGGAGGCGGUAAUGAGCAAAAUGCUGAUGAACAUGGAAGCAGUAGCGAGAGAAAUGUUGGUCAAGAUGGAGGCCCGCCAAUGAAACGACCGAAGAUAUAGAUCAAGUGGCUGAUGGAAUAGAUAAUAUUGAUAGCCGACUCAUGCUGAUAUUCUGCUAUAGAAAAUGCUAUAAUUCAUAAUUGUGUGAUAUUCUGUUUUCCAUUUAAAUUUUGAGAUUGCACUGCAGCAUAGUACUUCCUUCAGGUUGGAAUAAACCAAUUUGAGAUACUAA